AUGGCUAAACGGCCACUUCUCCACCUCUGCAUGCCGUCGACCUCAAAGCAACACAAUGGGUAUGUGAUUGUUAAACAUGGGUUCUUAUCAAGAUUGUUGCAGAUCAGGUGGAUCCCACGACGCAGCUCCUUCCCCUGCCCUGCAUCGGCGAGCUCCGCCCCCCACCUCUGGCGUGCGGCGAGCCUGAUGCAUGGGACGGCUGGACGACCAACCACGACGGCAACUACGCAUGAGGAACGCGAGCACGUCCUCGGCAUAGAAGAGCCAGAGCGCGUCGUCGACGCCACGCGCCACCGGCAUGGCCAGGGCAUGCCGCUGGCACCGGAGCCCACGGUCACACCGCACGCCGAAGAUGCUCGCCAGCCGCGCCAUGGAGUUCCCGUUGGCCACAGCUCGGCAACACCACAACAGCAUGCGUCACGUCUCACAGCCUCGCCAUGCCGGCUCACGCCACUGUUCCGGCCUUCUCUAGCCAGGGAAGACCGCGCCACCGGGCUACUCGCCUCCUGUUGCUUCCGGCGUUGACCCAGGCGGCUGAUCCGCAGACCAUCACCUCUGCCCUCCCGUCCAUCUCUGCCCAUGCACGCGAGGUGUUUGUUGGAAUGCCACAAGGAGGACAAGGUUUGAGCAAGAUGACGAUGCUAGCGGGUGGGCCCUCUGUUCAACUUAACGGUCAACCGACGGUGUUGACCAUUUAGCGCCAUGUGGACCUAACCAGUGGGCCCGAUAUGUCAGAAAUGAAUUACUUCGACCCAAAUCGGCCAUCAAUGUUUAUUGAGAAAAUUAGCAAGAAAAUCGGUAGAUUUUUAGGGCGCACAAGAAAUGUGGUGGCAAAUCCGAACAUGAACUUAAAAUAUGGUGGUUUUUUGCAAUUCACUCAAUAACAUGUUUAGUGCACGGA